AUGCCCACAUUUCGAUCCUUCUUCUCGUCCAAAUCGAUGGACUCUAAGCGAAUUUUCAACACUGAUGAUCUUCCCGAUGAUACCGAAGAGGAGCCUAGAACUCCUACUUCCUUCGGAUUUCUCAGUAGUUCAACAACCAGUGCUCAAAUACCAUCAUCGCCACCACAAUCAGAUCAUUUGACGGUUCAUGGGCAACAAAAACAACGUCCUAGAGGGUCAUCCUCCUCCUCAACAACAACAACAACGAUUAAUAAUAACAACAGCAAUAACCCAUCAAAUCACUCCCAAACAACGAAAGGAAUUCCACUCUCACAAUUCGUAGCUCAAAAUCUCGAUGAUGUACCACACACAACUAAGAAGAAUUUUAAUCUAAUAACGGAAUUUGAUUCACAAGUCGCGACAAGCAAACAACACUCGACCAUGUCUCUGGAAAACGAUAUUGAAAGCAAUCAAUCUAAUCAUGCCAAUACUCUUCAAGUACCAAAACCACCAUUUUCAUCAUUCCAAGAUAUUGGAUUUGCUGAAGACAUGAAUCCCCGACACAGAAGAACCAACGAAGAUGGACAUUGUAUGAUUGAUAGAUUCAGAGGAAAGGAGGGUGAGGGGUUUUUUGCAAUCUAUGAUGGUCAUGGUGGGCGUGGUGCUGUCAAUAUUGUACAAAGUAGAUUCCACAACAUUUUUGAAUCAGAAUUGAACGAUAUGGAGAACUCUCAGCAAUCUGAGCUCAUUGAUGUCACUCAAGUCUAUAACCAAGCUUACAGCAGGAUGGAUGCAGAACUUAAACUUCAAGAAAUUUUAUACAAUGGAGCUACAAGUAUUACGUGCUAUGUGAGACCGCUUCCAAGUUCCAAGAAACGUUUCCUCUAUGUGGCCAAUUGUGGAGAUGCUCGUGUCGUCAUUUCAAAGAAGGAUGGAACUGCAGAAAGACUUACCUAUGAUCACAAAGCCAGUGACGAAGGAGAAGUGAAACGUAUCAAGGCAAAGAAUGGAUUUGUGGCAUAUAAUCGUGUGAAUGGUGUUCUCAGUGUGACUCGAUCAUUUGGAGACCAUGCCAUGAAGGAAUGGGUCAUUUCUGAGCCCUAUCAUUCCUUUGUUGAUUUGACUGAGAAUGAAUACGAUUAUCUCAUUUUGGCGUGUGAUGGAGUUUGGGAUGUAAUUUCAGACCAAGACUGCGUCAAUUUGAUUCAUGAAAAUGCCAACACAAUGAACUGUCAACAAUUAGCUGAAUUCAUUUUGAAGAGAUCCCUUUCUCUCGGCUCUACAGACAAUAUUUCAAUAAUUAUUAUCAAAUUAUAA